GAAUCUAUGUUCUCGACGUAAAAACUCCUCCCCCUCCGACCCGCACCGCACGUUUUCUGUUGUGCUGUUGCCUGGCUCUUCGCUCUUGGGCUGUUGCUGUAGCUGUGCCUUGCUAAAUCUGCUGUCUGCUGAUGGAUACUCCAGAAAUCGACCAAAGUUUAAGAAAACACAGGCAGCUACGAGGAACUCCUUCAAAUCGUGUGUCCACUCUUAUUUCCUUGGGAGUUUUGGGAGUUGGAACAGCUGUCGGACUUCUUAUGCAUUUUUCAACAAAAGGGCAAAAACUGUUGGCAUAUGCUAGAACGGGGGAAUUGAUGCAGGUCUCAGAAGCACAAAAGAACCUUGAAGAUACUAUGAGAAAUCAACUCCGUUUUGGUAUGAUGAACUUCAGAAGCACUGAUGAAAUCAAAGAAAAAUUGAAAGACCUUGAGAAGAACGCGCCUUCGGCGGAAGCUAAACAUACCUAAAAUUUGUGCUCUGCUACAAAAUAUUGCAUUAGGGAUCGUCGGCUGCUGCUCAUUUGUUGUCAUUUGUCCAAAAGAAUGAACUUCACAUUCAAAAAGAGGUCGGGGGUAAGCAUUUUGUCUCUCAAGCAUGAAAAGCACAAUAGCCAAUCGCAAACACAAGCAACUCAAUCUCAAAACGUGGCAGAAAAAAGUUCAAAAAGCGAGCGUCCUAUGCCAUCAGGGAACUGUGCGCCAAACGAAAUAUCCUUGAAACCGGAGAUGGAAAAGACCGACAAAGAAAGGCAGCACAGCGCUACCAAGAUGCUAGAUUCAUCGUCUGAUUCUCCAUUAAAAAUCACACCUGUGGAUCUAGAUUCCAGUGAUGAUGGUGAACCUGUCAAAUUAAAAAGAACAAAACCAGUCCCAGAUCUAAAAAAACUAAAAAAUAAGCAAGAUAUGUGGGAUGAUAUUUGCAAGGUUGAAGCAACAAACAGUGCACCAGCAGCAACUGAAAAUGAACCAGGUGCAAAGAAAUUAAAAAUGGAAGAAAUCACAUCAAGGUUAAAAGUCUUUGAAAAGUCUGCACCUGGAAAGUUUGCUGUCAAGGGAAUUGAAAGUGAACGUAAAUCGUCACCUAGAAAGAGUUUAGAAGUUGAUGUUGCGCCUGCUAUGAUCAAUGCUCCAGUUGCUACCGACGCAUGUGUGAAGGAAUCAGUGAAAGUGAAAUCUUCAGCUGGUGCAGCAAAAGUAGAACUUCCGUGUCCUGUGUGCAAUAGAAACUUUAAGAGAAAUCUUAGGGGACACAUGAAGGCAUGUGCAGGGAAAAAUGGACUAACUACUGAACAGUUAAUGCUUGCUCUUGAAUUGCAAAGGAAGCAGGAAGAUGAGCGACAACGUCUAGGUCUACCUCAAUAUUUGGUGAAUAAGAAACAAACAGUUAAUAAGAAAAGUGGCAAAACCAGCGAUCCGAACAUACAGUUAGCCCUAGCACUCUCUAAGUCCCUGAAAGAGGCAGAGGAAGAGGCGUACUUGAGGGAAACAAGAAUGAUGUUAGAAAAUCAAGAGGACAUGACAGAUUCCCAAGUUGCUGCAGCUAUCACAGCGGUUACUUCGGAGCCUGAAACUUCAGUCAAAGGUAUCCAAACAACUUUGGUAACUGGAAAAGCAGGGCAGCUUGGAAUUCAAAAAGCGCCUGCUAGUACAUCUUUAUCACGAACAGUCGCUCCUCCAUAUAUGACAACCUCUGCAGAAGAGCGGCUUAGAAGAGUGACAGAGAAGGUGGCAAUGUGUUUGCUUGAUGAGGAAACCAGCAAUGAUUUUGUUCAAAAACAACCUGCUCUUCGAAGUGUGCAAGUAUCCGACGUGCUGAAAAGAAAGUUGGAGGAGGGAAAUGGUUUGUGGAAGCUGGCUACUGUUUCUUGUGAGCAAGAGAAAGAUGUUUACUAUGUAAAAGGUCUUCGAGAAUUUGUUUCACCUUCAGUCAGCAACUCUGGAGUGCUUAAUUUGCAGCCCUUGCAGCCAUCAUUUCCCAAACCUAAAGAUUACAUAGUGAAGAAAAGAGCUCAUCUGCCAAAUCCACCCUCCCCGAAAAAAAGACAAGAUUCAAACUUGGGCCGUGAUUGGGCAUCAAUACUGAAUUCGAAAACAAUGAGUGAUGUUGUAGUUUAUGCCAAAGAUGACGUGGAAUUGCGAGCGCACAAGCUUGUGCUUCUAGUGAGAUGUCCAGCAAUUUUAAAAGAUUUGGCUGCUGAAAUGAGUCAAGACGGUGAAAGUGUGAAAGAACACAUGCUAUUGUGGAGUGAGUUCUCUGAGUCGGUAGUGAUGGCUGCUCUUGAAUUCAUUUACUGUGAUUCAACUUGCCGGGCUCUGCGCCUGGGAAACAAAGAUGUCCAAGACUUAGAAGCAUUAGCUCAGAGGUAUGAACUCACCGAGCUCCUAUCUCACAUGGAUAUGAUGAAAAAGCUUCGGGAUCAAGUGCAUAGAGAGGAUGAGCAAACAAAUUCAAGCACCUCGACGCAUGAAGCUGAACCAGAACCAUCUCUUCAGAUUGUAGAAACAUUAGAUUCUAGGAGCGAACUGUCAUAUCUUGUCAGUCAAAUGGACAAGUCUAUUUUCGCUGCAACCUUGGUUCCAACCAAUGAUCAAACUAAGACUAGCCAACCUAAAGAAGCCAUCAGCGCUGAAGUCACCGCUUUACAGAGUCCAAACAAUGAUUUAAAAAAUAUUGACUUGGCAACUAGUUUGAACAAUAACAUAUGCAGCCAGGAUUCUGAGAGAAGCAAAGUAGAUGAUGAGGUUGGGGAAGUUGAUCAAAAUCAAUCGCAGUCUGAUGAUGAUCUCUUUGCCUCAUUGCACGAUUCAAAAAUUUACAUGGACCUGUUGGAAGAUAAUACAGAACGUGAAAAUGUUGAGCCUGCAGAGAAUGAUGAUUCUGAAGACUGGCGAAAUCUGGAUGGUCUGGAUUAUCUGGACACAACGCCUAAGAGAACUAAAUCCUCUGCGGCACUUGCUCCAGACACUCCAACUUUGACUUCUCAAGAAAGUAACACAAAUGCCACCCCUCAGUUCGAAACAUCUCCAUUCAGUUCUCCAAUGGAACGAGCAAUGAGUGAACUAGAAGUAGUUACAUUGUCUUCUGACAGUGCGAGUCAAAAAUCUGUGGUGUCUAUCAGCCCAAAGAUGAUCGCGCACACGCCUGAUCACCAUCCCCUGGAUGAUUCUGUCGGAGUAUGUGAAGAUUUGGAGCUGACACAUUUGGAAAUUGCUGCUCUCAAAGCGUAUGAGAAAGUGAUGACACCGAAGCCCCCAUCUCGAGCGGCUUCGACACCAGGUUCCUCUAGGAUCACUCCCAUGCUUGAUUACAGCUUAAUGGAAUCGCCCCAGCUGCAGAAAGAACUUGAUAGAUACGGUAUAAAGCAUCUCAGAAGGAACCAAGCCAAACUGAUUUUGAGACACAUCUAUGAUGAGCUUCACCCAAAGCUUUCAAGCACACCAUUGGCUCGACCUGCCAACAAGACCAAAAAGGCUUUGCAGAUGAAAUCUAAAAAGAACGAGACGCUGAAUGCAGCCCCAGCAGAAGCAAGCACUUCAAAGGCAACCCAGCCCCCAACCUGCAAAACCACUCCUAAGAAAACCACACCAGUGAAAAAACCUGCUGUCAAACAGCCUGUUCACAACAUUAGCUUUGCUCCACCUGAUGAAGACUAUGACAGUUUUGAUGAACUAUUGUUUGACAAGCCAAAGCGCAAAAGUAUGUCACAGCCUGCGAUUCAAAGAAGUUCAGAUUCGGAUUCCAGUGAUUCUAGUGACAAUGAAGGGUACGGUAAUUAUCACGGAGAUGAUGCUUUGGAAGAUGCGUUUACUCAACAAAUUACCGAUACGCAAUCUGAUGUGCUGGUUCAAGUAGAGGAAGCCCUCAAAUCUGACCCUGGCCUGUAUCAUAGAAUUCUCACCUAUGAACCCAUUUGGUUAGAAGAGAUCAAGGACCUACUCAAAACAAACAAAGUUAGAGUCAAUCCUAAGGUUCUGCUGGAUUUUUUGGAUGACCAGUGUAUUACCUAUAGAACAGACCACCAAAGACCUGUGAAGAGAGCAGCUCAGAAACGAGGUUGGACGCAGUCACAGCGCGGACGAAAAAAGAAAGACUUUGAUGUGUGAUUUUUCCCUACACAUCAACAAAUUCCAGUUUAAAGUGUCUUGAUAAAUGGAAAAAUAAAUUCAAGUUUUUUAAUUAAA